AUGUCAUUUUUAUAUCGACUACCUCGUGUGAUUUAUGUUGAGAAUAAUACAGCUUCAUCUUCAAAUAUAUCUAGAAUAAGUAAAAAGAAAGAAAAAAUUUAUAGUUUUACUAAUGUUUACUUUGAAAGGGCUUUUGAUCCUACAACUGAUGAAGUGCAUGAUAUCAAUGAAGUAGAAAUAGUUGAUGAAAGAAAAAAGCCUUUGUCUAUUGUUACUAAUGAAGCAUAUAUAGAAAAGAUGAAAGUUUUUGAUCCAGCAUUUUCUGUAUCAUGUGCAAAAAAAUUAAGAACUAUGAUUAAAAAAAGUUGCAGUUUUAACAAAGAAGCAUUACGUGAAAUUUUUCAACAAAAAAUGAUUAACUACAGACUUCUGGACCAGUAG